AUCAAAAAAAAAUCAAUUGCAACAUCCUCAUCAAUUCCAAUCUACUAUCACUUACUAUCCCAAGACUUGAUCAUCCGCCUACUACUUUGUCGUCAUUCCAAAAGGAAUCCAAGAAACAACAAAAAACAACACCACGCGAAUUUUUGAGAAACGUUGGAAUAUCGGAAUUCGUGUCAUACUCAAACAUGUCGACUGCACGCUCCACAUCCACAUCUACACCGGAAAAGGACACAAUGUCGAUAACUUCCUCGUCGACCAUGACAAGUACAAAGUCGCUUCUUCGAUCGCUGCUCCCGUCCAAGCGGGACAGCAAGGCGACAAAGACGGAAGCUGCAAAGUCGAAAGCUACAGAGACACCGGCGGAAAAGGCGGAGAGGAAGUUGACAAAGGCCGAGGCUUUGCAUGAUUGGGCGUUGCAUCGGUAGAAAAGGAAACGAGUAACAAGGAGGUGAUAUGGGAGAGAUGAAGCGAUGAAUGAGGGACGCAGUUACUGGUUAGUUCUGGUGCAGAUAUCCUGGGGUUUGAGAACCUCCCCAAUUCGUUUUCCUU